UGUUUCCACGAGUGAUAUUUGAGGAAGAAAUUAUUCGAGUGUGGAUCAACAGCCCGGGAGCGAUGCAAUCUGCGAGCGUGGUCGCAACGCUCCUCUCGACGAUAUGUCUCGGCGUACUGGUACUGUACGUUUUCCAUCUACUGCGGCGAAAAUACUUUGAGCACAAAAUGAAACUCCCGGGUUUGCGUCCAGAGUGGUGGAAUCCCUUCGGCAUAGAGUACGAGCUCUGGAAUAUGAUGCGAGACAAUGGAUAUAAUGGCGGGCAAGCAAUCUUCAACUUCCUUCUGAGAGUCACCCGGGAGUUCAAGGAGUACCCGACGUUUAUGGGCUGGGUUUUUCAUGUGCCCAUAUUGUUCGUUACUACUCCUGAAUCGAUGGAAUUCGUUAUGAGCUCAACGACUCUCAUCGAGAAGUCGCGCUUCUAUGAACUUCUCCAUGAUUGGUUGGGCACCGGUCUCCUCACGAGCGAAGGGGCAAAAUGGCGAACCCGAAGGAAAAUGCUCACUCCUGCGUUCCACUUCAAAAUCCUGGAGGAUUUCUUAGACGUUUUCAACGAGCAAGGGAUUAUUCUCGCCGACAAGCUCAAGGGGAGGAGCAGGACUGGGGAAAUGUUCGACGUCACGAAGGAUGUCACCAGCUGUACUCUGGACAUCAUCUGCGAGACGGCAAUGGGAGUUCGGAUCGGGGCCCAGACUAAUCCCGAAUCGGAUUACGUGAAGUCCUUGUAUACGCUCGGCGAGUCUUUCAUGGAUAGGAGCUUCGCGCCGUACUACUGGACGAAGCCUGCAUACAAGUUGUCUCGCAAGGGACGAGAGUUCUUCAAGAGUAUCGAUACAAUGCAGAGUUUCACCAUGAAGGUCAUCCGAGAGCGUCGAGCUGAAAUACAGAACACCUUAGAAAACGACAAGUCCACCGACAACGACAUAGGUCGGAAAACGCGGAAGCCAUUCCUAAAUCUGCUCCUGGAAAGGCACAUCAAGGAGGGUGACCUCAGCUUAGAGGAUAUCCAGGAAGAAGUUGACACAUUCAUGUUCGAAGGGCACGAUACUACAGCUAUGGGAAUCUCUUGGACUCUGUUUUUGUUGGCGCAGAAUCCCGAGGCUCAGCGGAGGGUUUACGAGGAGUUGGAGGAGAUUUUCCGCGGGGAUCAGAAGCGGCACGCGACCAAUGAAGACCUGGCCAGGAUGAAAUACCUCGAGUGCUGCAUCAAGGAAUCUCAGAGACUCUACCCUUCGGUCCCCUUUAUCGGAAGGAAAUUCACGACGGAUACCGAAUUCAAGAAAAAAACCAUUCCCGCUGGCACGCAAGCGCUUUUGGUAAUAUUCACGCUCCACCGAGACGAAAAAACGUUUCCUGACCCAGAGAGAUUUGAUCCGGACAGAUUCCUACCCGAGAAUUGCGAAGGCCGACAUCCAUAUGCUUACGUUCCCUUCUCGGCCGGUCCGAGAAACUGCAUUGGUCAGAAAUUCGCCAUGAUGGAAGAGAAGGUCGUACUUUCCUGGGUAUUCAGGAAAGUCGCUCUUGAGACCAACCUUCGUCGCGAAGAUCUUCGCGUCGCCGGAGAGCUAGUCACGCGGUCACUGAACGGGCUUAGUCUGAAAUCGAAAGCUCUCCAGGAUACGGUCAUAUGAUUUAGAUACCUGCUACGGAGAUACGAAUGAUAUCCCGGGUCGCUGAAACUCGCGCGGUGCGAGCCAAUCAGCGGACUCGCAAUCGAGAGAUAUUCAAACACGGUGUAGUUCCUCCAAAUACCAUGAAAUGCAAAGCAUAAUAUUCC